GCCAGCCUGUGGGAUAAAACGACAUAUCCCAUGUACCACUGCGAAGUUCACGUGACAGUCAAGUGACCUUUGUCAACACAGAUCCGAGGAUCCGAUCCGAGUACAUCCAUGGGUCAGAUAUCUCAGCUUAACUGCUAGCAAGUGUCAGUUAAAUUUUCUUGAAAUGCUUGGUAGUGCAUAUUCUAUGCUAUGCUGUGAUGGUUAUUUGUCUCAGCAAAUGACAGAAGUAACAGAAUCUGAUGUAAAAUGAAGCUGGGGUUUCCUGGCAAAACGAUACGGCGGGGUUGGAUGUGGCUAGGUAACGGUGCAGGUGGAUAGAAACUCUAGUUCGCUAACGAUUAACCGCAGGCUCCAAAUAGUAUGUUCAGUUUUCUGUGGACGGCUGUUUGAUUUUAAGUAAUUACUCCGGCAAAACCAUCUCGCCACUUCUGUAUAUUUGAGAGACACAACCGUGAAAGAGCAUGGAGGAAGCACCAGACUUACCUGUUGAGGUUAUCACCUACAUCUUCAGCUUCCUUCACGUGUCUGACAGAAAAGAGGCUUCGUUGGUUUGCAGAAGCUGGUAUGAAGCAAGCCAAGACUACCAUUUUCAGAAAAACGCCACCUUCCGGCUCCCGGCCUGCACAUCCUCCCUGGAGGUGAUCCAGGGUCUGGGCCGCCGGUCCCGCUGUGGCCUGAUCAUCAGCCACCUGGACGGCUCCAGCCUGUCCCGGGCCAUCCUGAUGGAGGUGGGCAUGCACAUGGGUCCGCGGCUGGAGAGUCUUUCCCUGCCCGGCAGCAGCAUCACCGAGUGCUCCCUCCUGGAGCUCCUGCCCCACCUCACCGGCCUGCGCAAGCUGGACCUGCGCGGCCUGGACAGCCUCUUCAUGUCCGGGGCCUUCCUGUCUCGAGAGGAGCAUCGCAAACAGGUACGAAAGGCCUUGGAGGGUCUGGAAGAGUUAAACCUCUCCGACCUCAGGUACCUGUCUGACCUCACCUUCAACCGUCUGACCGGCUGCACUCCAAAGCUCCGGCGGCUGGCCCUGUCCGGUUGCCACAUCGCCUUCGAGUUCGACCCCUACCGAGGCUGCCCCGUGGGCCCUGACUCCUCGGCCCUGCUCUCGCUGCGAAACCUCCGCAAACUCCUCCAGGACCAGGCCAGCACGGUGCGGGCCCUGGACCUGAGCCGGACCAGCAUCACGCCGGAGUCCCUGCGCACCGUGGCCCAGGUGCCGGGCCUGGCCCUGGAGGAGCUGUGCCUGCGCGGCUGCAAAGAGCUGUCGGACCACGCCGUGGAAGUGCUGUGUCGGCACCAGCCGGGCAUCCGCACCCUGGACCUGAGCUCCUGCACUGAGCUGACCUGCAGGGCCGUACAGGCGGUCACCUGCAGCCUGAGGGAGCUACAGGUGCUGUCUCUGUCGCGGGACUGGCGCGUGACGGACAAGGGCUUGGCGGAGCUGGUGAAGCUGCCUAGCCUUCGGAGGCUGGACCUCUCUGAGUGUCUGCACGUCAGCGGCACCGAGAUGAUCAAGGGCCUCUCCUCUCCUCCGCCACGCGCUCAGCUGGAGACCCUCAGCCUCAGGAGCUGCACCUACAUCAGGGACGUGUCCAUUUUCUCACUGAGCCAGCUGCUGGGCGUGAGCUUACGAGUGCUGGACCUCACCUCCUGUGUCUACCUCACGGAUCUGAGCGUGCGUGCCAUUGCCACAUACGUGCCGGGGCUGCUGGUGCUGCGUCUGGGCUGGUGCAAGGAGAUCACAGACUGGGGCCUGCUGGGAAUGGUGGAGCCCACCAAGGAGUGUGAGCCUAGCACAGAGAAGGAGGACAAAGGGCCGAGCUUCACGCGCACAUUUGGCAACAUGGGCUUCUUCCGGCCCCCCAGCCUGCCCUUCCAGGAGAAGCCGCGGCUGGUGACGGAUGAGGACCUGGGGGCGUUCCGGGAGCAGAUGGGGGCCUCGCUGCUGGCCAUCCGCGGCCUCCAGGAGCUCGACCUCUCCGCCUGCUCCAAGAUCACCGACUGCAGCAUCACACAGGUGUUGCGUUUUCCAGACCUGCAGCGGCUGUCUCUGUCCAUGCUGCCUGAGAUCAGCGAUGACAGCCUGGCGUCGGUGGCGUUUCACUGUCGCAGCCUGACCAGCCUGGCCCUCAACCACUGUCCCCAGAUCAGUGACCAGGGCAUGGCCAAGGCAGCUCCCCUGCUCCAGAGGCUCCAGCACCUGCAGCUGGCCUGCUGUGAUGCCGUCACAGACCGGUCUCUGUCCAUAUUGGCAAAGCACUGUAAAAGACUGAAGACGUUGGACAUUUCAAUGUGUAAAGACAUCACCAUAACCAAAGUGGACUUUCUACAGUCUCAGCUGCCCUACUUGGAGAAUGUCCAGUGUCGCUUUGUGGGUGGUGCAGACUUGACCAUAACUCUUUAAUGUUAAUAAAUAUACUGCAAUAGA